AUGAAUCAAGAAGCUCUACAAAAAGUCCUCAUAGAGAUGGACAAUCAGCUAAAUAAGUCAAGAGCUGAAUUGUCUAUGGUGAAUUUACAGUUGGAUCGUGUUCAUACAAAUUUAAAUGUUAUCAAGUCGACAAACUCAAGGUUAAAUGCGUUGAAUACUCCUGAUGAAAUAGUAUGGCAAGGAGUAGGAAAAGCUUUUGUUGCAGAAAAAACUGGAUCAUAUUUGGAACAGUUAUCGAGUGACGAAAAGGGAUACCAGGAUACCGAAAAGAACCUCAAAAUCAAGCAAGAUUAUCUACAAACUACACUUGAAAAGACAGUUGAUAGUAUGACAAAAAUCGUUGGUGAAAAAAAGUAA